CUUUUCCAGGGAUAUCAUCCAAAUGAUUUGAAGCCUAAAGCGGCUCAUUUUCAGUCUGUUGCAUUUUCUGCUUCACAAGCCAGUGGCAGCUUCUUCUUAUCUCCUUUGGCUCAGACAUCUCCUCAGUGCAGAUCUAAACAGACAGUGGAUGAUAAGAAUAUGAAGAACCUAACAUUAGCAUCAGAGAGUGGGAUACCCGCCUCUUUGCAGGAUGAUUCUCAGCCGGUGAUGAAACUAAACACGAAAAAGAAAAAGCUGAUGUUUACAGGAACAUUUCAAUGGAUGUGAAACAGGAGUGCUGUGAUGUGGACACAGAUAUGGAUAUUAAGAAGGAGGACUGUGAGUUGGAGUCCAUCUACCUUAAACAGGAAAGUCUGAGCAUCAAGGAAGAGAUCAGUGAACUGCAGGAAGUUAGCAUUAAAGAAGAAGCUGAGCAGAAGUCUGUCAUUAUUGAGACACACAACCAUACAAAUCUGAACAGUGUAAAAGAAGAUAACCUUCAUAAUGGGUGUCAAGAUGGAUUGGUAACCAGGUUAGACUCUUCUCAAAGCAGACACUGUUCAUCUCCAGAGCCUUCUGUCAAUGUGAAGACUGAAUCAUUGCAGUCUAAACCAAAGAAGACUAAGAAAACUGCAUCUGUUAGAGCUCAGGAUUAUUGGCCACCAUCUACAAAGAAGUCUGGAAGAAGAAACAAAGAUCAGUGCAGUUUGGAAUCUGGAAAAGAAUUCCCUGGCAGGAGUGCUCAACAGAUCCACACUAGAGUUCACACGGGAGAGAAGCCAUAUUGCUGUUCUGAAUGUGGUAAACAGUUUACACGUAUGAGCAAUCUGAAUGACCACACUAGAAUUCACACAGGAGAGAAGCCAUAUUGCUGUAAUGAAUGUGGUAAACAGUUUUUACAAAUGCUCAGUCUGAAGAACCACACUAGAGUUCACACGGGAGAGAAGCCAUAUUGCUGUAAUGAAUGUGGUAAACAGUUUUCACUAAUGAGCGAUCUUAAGAAACACAGUAGAGUUCACACAGGAGAGAAGCCAUAUUGCUGUAAUAAAUGUGGUAAGCAGUUUUCACGGAUGGGCCAUCUUCAGACACACACUCGAGUUCACACCGGUGAGAAGCCAUAUUGCUGUAAUGAAUGUGGUAAACAGUUUUCAAAAAUGCUCAGUCUGAAGAACCACACUAGAGUUCACACGGGAGAGAAGCCAUAUUGCUGUAAUGAAUGUGGUAAACAGUUUUCACGUAUAAACAGUCUUCAGAUACACACUAGAGUUCACACGGGAGAGAAGCCAUAUUGCUGUACUGAAUGUGGUAAACAGUUUUCACAGGUGAUCUGUCUUCAGAGACACACUAGAGUUCACAACAGAAUAAAGAGGGUAGCAGUUCAAAAAUCAGUCCAGAAAAACAAGCACCCUUCAGGAGGUUCACUCCUGUCUUGAAAGUAAGCAAACUGAACUAUUGUUGACAUAUUAAUCUCUGAGAGAAGCCAUAUUGCUGAUUGGAAUGUGGCAAUCAAAGCUGUCAAAGGAGUUCUCUAAAGAGACGCCCCAGAAUUCACACUGGAGAGAAGUACAACUGAACUGUCCUGACUAAAGAGUGAGGUUCACUUCUUCCUGGACAGUAAGCACAUGUAACUCACUGGAAUCCAUCCUACUUAGUGUUGUGUCAAAAAAAUCAACACAGACGACAAUUAGAAGUUUAUAUCCUUUUUCCUUUUCCAGAAAUAAAAUAAAGAACAGGGCGUCAUACAAACCGCUUCUCACCAAACCCUACAUCCUCCACCAUGCGCCUAGCUCUGUUUUCAUAAACUGUGUAUUAUAUAUAAAACUAUUUACAAUGUAUUAUACACGUUUCAUCAGAAUAGAACUGUUUACAAUAUACAUAACCUCACAUAAUAAAUCAUAGUUCAGCUAUAUAAUAUAUAUUUUUAUAUAACAAAAAAUAAAAUAACAUACCUUUCCAAAAACAAAAAAAUGGUGCCAUACAAACCGCUUCUCGCCAAUGCUUAUGAAAUAAUAAAUCAGUUACUAAUAAUACAAACUAUUAAUACAAAAUAAAUAAAAUGUAAAAUAAAAAUGAAAAUCCAAAGUAUCCAUAUGGUCAUGUUGAACACCAUGCUGAAUUAUAUUAAAACACUGUGGCAGCGCACUUAAAGAAGCAAUGCUGUUUUUUUAAAUUUAGUUUUGUUUUUGCUUGUUUGCUUUUGAUAAUAAAACAUACAAAGACUGUAUAUAAGAAUUCGGGGGCACAUUUGUUAUUUAAAACUUGAGAAUUACCAAAUAAAAUUCAUAUCAAAUAAAUGGAAUACAAUCAGAAAAGGCUUGGGGAGCCUUGUACAGCAUCCACCAUCACCUGAGGGUGCCUGAAGUUUGUGGGGAGUCACAUUAGUUAGCAUUUGUACUACAAAAUACCAUUGGUAUGAAACUAAGUACACACAAACUUUUGCUUUUGGUGGAAAUUCAUAACUAAAAGCUACAAAAAAAUAAAAAUCAGAAUACACUUUGCUACACAUACACACACCAACAAAAUUUGGAGGAAUUAAUCUCGAGGAGCCAUAUUGCUGUACUGGAUGUAGCCAACGAGUCUCACAAACCGGAGUCUUCUGGGCCACAAAAGAAUUCAGAUAGGGUGCCACCUUCAGAAGUGGGCUUAGUUGGAGAAGAUCUACACCAGGAGCAUCAACCCCUUUGUCUUGGCG